AUGUCGUUCCCUCUCAGGUGUCUCGUUGUCGCUCUGUUGCUGAGCUCUAUGCUGACUUCAAGUGAUGCCCAAAUGAUGAUGUGCUGUUGUAUUUACUGUUUCGGCGGCCUUGGACUUGGCUUCGGUGGCUACGGCAUGGGAAUGGGUAUGGGCAUGGGCAUGGGCAUGGGUAUGGGCAUGGGCCUAGGCCUAGGAUUUGGAAAGAAGUAG